AUGUCCAUUGAAUUCACUGACGGAACCCUUGGCUCAUCACCUUUCUCUCUUCUCCCACAGAUUCCGGCGAUAGUGUCCGAAUGGUGUGCUUUGAUACCCUUGGUAUUUCAUCUAGCUACUCCGCGCGAGGAUUAUAUCACGAUCGGAGAAGUCUCGCUUCUAGGGCGCAUCUGCGUCCCAUUGCUUCCCAGGCUCGGCGCGCUCUUAGGACUGGCACGACUCCUCAACGGCGGUCCUAAACACCUCGACUAUGCCAGCUUUGGUGCCGGGGGGUCGAGUCGGACGGUGUGGGAUGUGAAAUGGGGAAGCGUCUUCCCAGCUGCAAACGGUGCUGCCGUGGUCUGGAUAAGCGACUAUCUCAGACGAAGAACGAAACCAGGUGUUGUAGAUAUGCCAGAGGACGAUUCAACCAAUCUUCAGAACACGAUUACAUCGUCCACUACGUCAGAUACCUCCCAGGCUCGCAAGGAGUCGACUGGCAACAAUGCUGGUCCCCGUCGCUAUCAAACCCUCCACGUGUACAACUUCGAGUUCAUACCUAAAUCAGCGAACCAAGAACGCGUUAGUUUGGUUUCCUCAAGGGCAGUGAACAUCUGUGAAUAUCUAUUCAUGACAGCUGUCGUCAUCAUUCUCUGUGUUCUCGGCGCCUAUGGAACUGCCGUCGUCAUAUUUUGCACCAUGGUCUCGCAACUUGUAGGCCGGAGCAUCACGGCCAUUCGGCCAUCCACAUACCUGGAGAAUACGGAGCUGCAUGACGCCGGUAUGCUAGUAGCAGCACACCAGAAUGCCGUCGAAUGGCAUCUGUACAUUGGAAAUCGUGCAAUUGUCGACACCCUUCUUAAUAAGCCCAUGGUAAGUUUCCCAGACGGUCCUGGGGCGAAGUUGGCUGGACGGUGGUUCGAAGUUGCCCACAUACUCCAGCUUGCAUCCAUGACGUACAUAGCAGCUCAAAAGGGCUGGGAUGGCGUAUUUCUGCUUCUGCUUAUCACCGGGUAUGACGUGUACCGGUUCCUCACUCGAGGACACAGUCUUGCUCGUGCUUGGCUGUAUGCCGAAGGUGUGGAUGCAAAAGUUGCAACCUUUCGGUUUAGCGGACGGACACCGAUGCUGGGUGCGGUAGAACUCUUCAAGGGUAGAGGAAGGGAGGCAUGGAUGGACUUGAUUCUAGUGCCUCAUCCGCGGAGAGAAGCGUGGUUGAGAGUGAUUCGUGGACAGAGCGAUCUGGGCGAGGGUCUAGAUCAUGGCGACAGGCGUUGGGUUGAGUAUAUGUCCAAGGCAGCGCUGGCAGCGUUUGGGAAGUUGUUAGACGAGUUUCAAACAACCGGGGCAACCACCUAA